AUGCACCAGAAUAUGGAGCAUGGGAACCGCCUGGACGAGAACACCUUUCAAGGCUAUUACGACAAUGCCCUCAAAGUGUACAAGCAGAGUUUUCUGCUUAUGCAGGCUCCUAAAGACAAAGCAGCUAGGCAGACUUGGUUUCGUGAGUGCGAUGCUCUAAUUGCCCAUCCCAAGACAGAAUCGGAAGACUAUGUUAUGGCCACGUUUGCUGCCAACGCAGCUGUUCAGGUCUGGCAAAUGCAUGAAUUGUCAGAAUACAUGAGAGUGAAAGGAGAGAUUGCUGCUGGCGAGAUUAUGUGGAAUGCAAGGAAGAAACUGCAAGCACCUUCAUGCUCCGUGUAA